GCAAGGAGAUGUGUGACCAACGUAAUGCCUUCACCAUGUGCCCUCUGUGCGACAAGACAUGUGACUACUGGAACCUUAGUAGUGCUUGUGGCACAGCACGAGCCAGCCACUUAUUUGACAACCCUGCCACCGUCUUUUUCUCCGUUUUCAUGGCGCUUUGGGCCACCAUGUUCCUUGAAAACUGGAAGCGUUUGCAGAUGAGACUAAGUUAUUUCUGGGACCUAACUGGCUUGGAGGAGGAAGAAGAACACCCCAGACCAGAAUAUGAAACCAAAUUGCUACAGAAGAAAUCCCAAACUGAAAAAUGCAAAAAAACAUGUCAGGAUGAGGUAUGA